AGCCGGCAAAGUUGUGUGCGGAACAGGCAAAGCAUCGAAUUCAAUGGUGUAAAGUGAUCAAAAUUGGAAAUUUCGCACCAAUAUGCUGGCUGACCGUGAUAACAAGUAUUAUUGGAUGUUAGCAAUGCUCAAGUGUAUCUGAAAACGAGGAUAUCCCUUGGAACAAUCGUUAAUACCAUUAGAUGCAAAUUAUCAAACAGCAUUUUAUUAAUCUACAGUGGAAGCGGGGAAUUGAUAGAAAAUUGCAUCGAUUAUCAUAAUGGGUUAGCUCAUGUUUCAUCAACAGCUGGCGUGGAAAGCUGUCCAUAACAUUUGAAAUGAUACCGGAGAACGAUUUUAUGGUUUAGCUGGCACACGGUGUCAAGAUGGAAUGGAGCACGCACCAACGCAACAUUUGCUUGUCAGCAUUGGAGAAGAUAGUUCGUAACCAGGUCGUGUUCAAAACUUGCACUUGAAGCCAUUCGAAUGGUCCGCUAAAAAUGGAAUACAAAACCUUGGGGUUCAACGAACGAAAGCAAAACCUUUGAAAGGAUGUUGCCACAAUUCCUGCAUUUCUUCUUUGCGAAAGGCGAAUCAUUCCAGCACGGCGAUGACUACAAUGGAGAAAGCAAGGGAAACACCGACCACCCCAACCGAUCCACCAACGGACAAGGCAACCGAAGCGACCGGCAUUGUGAAGCUAACGAAACGGGCCGCCAUUACGCAGAUAUUGAUUGCCGUCGUUGCUAACAUUACGAUCAUCUCCUCCGGCAUGGGCAUCGGGUUUCCGUCGAUCGCCAUGAUGGAGCUGACCAAUUCUACCUCCUCCGUGGUGCUGACGGAAUCGGAAGCGAGUUGGUUCGCGUCCAUUACCUCGAUCAUGUGCCCGUUCGGUGGACUGCUGUCCGGCUAUCUGCUGGAUAAGGUGGGCCGCAAGCGAACCCUGUACUGCAUCAACAUCAUUUCGAUCAUUUCCUGGGCGAUCAUGUCAUUCGCCAGUACGACGGACGCUUCCGUGCUGUUUGUGGAGCUGAUUGUCGCGCGUGUCAUUAUCGGCAUUGCUAUCGGGCUUUCCAGCACACCGGCCUCGGUGUAUGCCGCCGAAGUGGCUCAUCCUCAGCUGCGAGGGCGCCUAACACUGCUGACAGCUGGCUGUACCGGUGUAGGAAUGCUGCUCGUCUACUCGCUCGGCUACAUGUUUAAGGAGGACUGGCGGUACGUCUGUACUAUUUGCGGUGUGUUUACCGGCGUGUCGCUCAUUACCGUGAUUCCACUGCCGGAGUCACCCAGCUGGCUGGUGGGCAAAAAGCGGCCCCAGGAAGCGGAACGCUAUCUGAAGGUGAUUCGCGCCAUCAAGGAGGACAACCAUCCCGAGAUACGGGCGGAAAUAAAGGCACUGGAGGAGAAUGUGGCCCGCUUCCGGGCAACGUCGUCGUCGGAUUCGAAGAAAGCUUCCAAGCUGGUGCAGCUCAAAAAGCCCGAAGUCUACAAACCGCUCUCGAUCAUGUGUACGUUCUUCAUUUUCCAACAAUUUUCGGGCAUCUUUGUGAUCAUCGUGUACGCGGCUAGCUUCUCCGUGGAGGCGGGCGUCGCUAUCGAUCCGUUCCUGAGCGCCGUCCUCGUAGGGUUGACGCGCGUUCUCACCACCAUCCUGAUGUCGUUCAUUUCGGACAAAUUUGGCCGCCGUCCACCGGCCCUUUUCUCCGGCUUCGGUAUGGCGUGCUGUAUGUUCGGGUUGGCGGCAUGUGCCGUUUAUCCGGUGGCGGACACACAGUACAGCUGGAUCCCGACGGCACUGCUCGUGUCGUUCAUCUUUACCGCCACGCUAGGCUUCCUUACGCUGCCGUUUUCGAUGAACGCGGAAGUGUAUCCGACCAAGAUCCGUGGUUUCGCGUCGGGGUUGACCAUCUUCUUCGGGUACACCAUGUCGUUCAUCAUCCUGAAGAGUUACCCGACGAUGGUGAGCGCGAUCGGGAAUGAGAAUGUGUUCCUGUUCUUUGGGCUGGUUUCCGUGGUGGGUAUCGCGUUCGUGUACUUCUUCCUGCCCGAAACCAAGGGCCGCACGCUGCAGGAUAUCGAGGACUACUUCCGCGGCAGCAAGGGUAAGGAGAUGGACAAAACCGACUCAAAAGCAUAGACGAGCGUGCGGCCGAUGCAAGGAUGUAGAUAAGCGAACUGCUACUAGUCUGUGAUAGAGUGGUGUGAGAUAUUCGGAAGAAAUAUGGAUACUUUUGACAUUUUUUCUACGAUAAGCAUUUUUAGAAUCUCGCGUCGUGUGUUUUUAAUGAAAAUGGAAUAAAGUGUUGAAAUAAACUAUAAGUAUAAACAGUAAA